AUGUGGAAAAGGCAGAGUAUACUAGGAGAAGUGGGAGAUGCAGCAAUGAGAUGUCCACUGCCCAACUCUCACAGUUCCAUCCCCAAAAGAGAACCAAUUGAGACUAUUUUGGAGGGUUCAUUCUAUGAAAUUGAUCAUUCAAAGUUACCUCUGAGGACCCCGGCUAUGCUCCAUUAUGUUCGCGCUGUUAUGGUAACUUCAAAGUCUGAACUGAAUGUGACUGUAAGAUAUCCUAGUGCUCAAUCACUAGAGGCGUAUUUUGGCAAUUCAGACCAUAUAGCUCGUCGAUCAGAACUUUACCCUGCAUUGGAUGAAAAGUUCAUCAUGGGACCAAUGCUUGCUGUUGAAGUUCUGAGGCGCAUAAUCCCAUCUCAAGGGUUUGAUAAGCUUAAGCACUCUAAGUCCUUUUGGCUAAUCAAGCCCUUGCCACCGCCAGGAGCGACAAAUGGUUCUGAGGCUAAGCAUGGGCCAUGCUUUUCUAAGCUCCGAGCCUCCAAAAUCCAAGGAUGGGGUUUGAAGAAGUUUGCUGCCUAUGUCCCAAAUUCUAAAGAUCUAGAAGACCAUGGAGAGGAAAAGAGUUUAACUUUAGGGGAGGAUAAGCAAAGUGUGAAAGAAGAGGCAUACCAUGAAACUAAGGUCAGAGAAAUUAUUCAAUAUAACAGGAAGAGAAAGCGUGGUAGUGCUCCACAUUCUCAAAGCAAGAAGACUGACCACAUUCCUAAGCAAAAAGCUAUUGAAAUUAAGGCUGUAAUCAAGGGAAACAAUGAUAAAGAGUUUAUUGACAGAUGGCCUCUAAAAAGGUAUGAGGCAGCUGGAAUGGAAUUGGUGGAUGUUUUGAAGAAAUAUGGAGCCGAUCAUGAAAACCCAAUUUCUCGUUUGCAGCUAAGGACAGAAGCUCGGAAAAGAAUUGGUGAUACAGGCCUGUUAGACCAUAUGCUCAAGCACCUUGCUGGCCAAGUUGUUCCGCGUGAUGGCAAUGAUCGCCUUCGUAGAAGGUGUGAUGCUGAAGGUAAGAUGGAGUACUGGCUUGAGAGUGCUGAUCUGGCUAACAUCAGGAAGGAGGCUGGGGUUAAAGACCCCUACUGGAUUCCACCUCCUGGAUGGAAGCUUGGAGAGAGCAUUAACGUUCCCAGGUGUUCAUGUCGUCAAGAAGUAAAGAUGCUUAAAGAUGAACUUAGCACCAUGAGGAGACAAAUGGCAGAGCUUAAAACCAAAAACCAAAGUCAGCAGCCAAUCACUACGGCAAUACCAGCCAGUGCAGCAUCUUCUGGGAGGGAAACCUAUGAGGUUCUGAUGAAGAAGAAGUAUCUUAUGGAAAUGCAACUACGUCAAAUUUCAGAAGCUUUGAUGGAACUGGAGAAAGACAAAAGUGUGCAAGUUAACAAAGCUGAAGCAGCAGCAAGUCUACAACUGAAUGAACUGAUGCCAUCUGCUUGCCAGAGCUUACCAGUAGAAGAGGUGAAUGAAGACUUGGAAGAAGCAGCAGAAGAGUUGAGAGAAAGUUAUGAAGAAGCGGAGAUAAGAAGCCGAUCCAAGCGUCUGAUAGUAAAACUGAAACCAUGCAGUCAACUAGACAACAUCAGCAACACAUCAUUGUCUCAAAAAAUGGAUCACUCGGUGCAGGAUCGCAUAGCUCUGGCUACUACUUCAGGCUCUCCUUUCUCUACCACCACCUCAUAAACUUAGUACUGACAUCUUGGUUAACCCUAUGUACAUGUCAUGAAGGCAAUGUAUCCAUCAGAAUUUAGACAUCAGCUAAUGUAGCUUUGUGAAUGUCCUUUACAAGUUAAAGCUCGAUAUGAAUAGGUUAGUAAGCUUGACUAAUAGAGUAAAGGAGUUUUGUAGAGCAUGCUAAACCAACAGAUAUGUUGUAUAUAUGGUUGUAGUUUAGUAACAGAUGACUUGGCUGAG